AUGAAGCUUUGUCAAUCCCUAAUGGACAUGGAAAUGCCAGAUUACGCCGAGUCGCUCGACUCUUCGUACACCAUGCUGGAGUUCGAAAACCUCCGGGUGCUACCCACAAACUCAUCAGAAGCAAAAGGUAGGUGUGCCCAUCCUGCCGAUUCCCUUACUUCGGAGACAAUCAAUGGCAGCUUGCUCGGGAGCGAGAUUAGCUCGCUGUGCGCCAUCUGUGGAGACCGCGCCACUGGGAAGCAUUACGGGGCUUCCAGCUGCGACGGCUGCAAAGGGUUCUUCCGAAGGAGUGUCCGUAAGAAUCACAUCUAUUCGUGCAGGUUCAGCCGACAGUGCGUGAUAGACAAGGACAAAAGGAAUCAGUGUCGUUACUGCCGGCUAAAGAAAUGCUUCCGGGCAGGAAUGAAGAAAGAAGCUGUGCAGAACGAGCGCGACAGGAUCAGCAUCCGCCGAAGCAGCUACGAAGACAACGGGGCUUUGUCUAUCACGGUGUUGACCCAAGCGGAGGCAAUGGCCCAGCAGUAUUCGGCGCUCCGUCCAGUGCACAGUGCCGAUAUCGCCAUGAAGAAGAUCGCAACUAUCAACGACGUCUGCGAAUCGAUGAAGCAGCAGCUCUUGAUCCUCGUCGAAUGGGCGAAAUACAUCCCAGCAUUCUGUGAGCUUCCACUGGACGACCAGGUCGCCUUGCUGAGAGCCCAUGCAGGGGAGCACUUGCUGCUGGGAGUGGCGAAACGUUCUAUACCAUACACUGAUUUUCUACUAUUAGGAAAUGACUUUAUCAUCCCGAUGCAGUGCCCAGAGCUGGAAAUUGCUCGUGUGGCCAUUCGGAUCCUGGACGAACUGGUGAAGCCCUUGCGAGAAAUUCAGAUUGAUGAAAACGAAUACGCAUGCCUCAAAGCUAUUAUAUUCUUUGAUCCAGAUUGCAAAGGCCUCAGCGAGUCCGGGAAGGUGAAGAACAUGCGUUUCCAAGUGCAGGUGAACCUGGAAGAUUACAUCAACGAUCGGCAGUACGAUUCGCGAGGGCGGAAAAACAGCGACAUCCUCCUCCUGCUGCCCCCACUCCAAAGCAUCACCUGGCAGAUGAUCGAGCAGGUCCAGUUCGUCAAGCUCUUUGGGAUGGCGCGGAUCGACAGCUUGCUGCAGGAAAUGCUGCUGGGAGGAACGACCAUAGAGGUCCCACAAUACCAAUCGGGGCCUUCCAGCCUUAACGUUGCGCCUCUUCCAGGUCAUAUCGUGUUACCCAGCAACAUCGGUUCCGUCAUUCACACCAUCUCAGUCCCUUCUCCUGACACAUCCCUUCCUUCUCCUUCCACCAGUACCGGAAGCGAAGAUUACAAGCUAGGCCCAAGCCAUGGCUCUGAGGCAACUCCGACGCUUUUGCCACAGGCAAUUAUACCCAAACAGGAGAUUCUAUAA